CCGAAGAAUCCAAUUUAGUUGAUGACUACGUAUCUCUUAAAAAUUACAAUGUAAUGUAUGCCAAACAUGAAUCACAAUUCGUCAUUGCGUUAUUUGCGUAAAUAAUCAUUGCCUCAAUAAGUGAGUGAUAAGCGUAAUAACUAAUAUUCAGUACAUUGUACUAUUGGUAGCUGUACUGAAUACAAAGAAUAUAAUGUAUUUCUUGCUUUUUUUCUGAUUACACCAAUGUUAUUGCGACAGAUUUGCGCAAAUGUAAUUUGAUAUCACGCAUUGUAAUUAUAUAAAUGCAAACUGCCUAGUUUUCUGGACGUGAGAAGGUGAAGAAGACUGGGAACGUCCUAGUUUUUUGUGCGUAGGGGUCUGAGAACGUCCUAGAAUUACCUUAUUUGGAAAAAAACUAGGCUGUUGUCGUCAAAAACUAGGACGUUCCCAGACUCCAAAAUACCAAUCGCGCGUAAUGACGUUGUUUUAAUCUAAAUCUAGACAUGUUGACAGAAUAAAAACAUUCCUAAAACAGAGAUUAUUAAUAUAAUACGGAAACAUCUUUACAUAGGGUAUUAAAAUAGCAGAAUAUUUCGAAAUUAAGCAUGAUAAUGUAGAAUACACGUACACAACACAAACUGACAACCGAUUUUGUGACCUAUAUCAGAGCGUCCUAGUUUACGCUUUCUGGUUGCCUAGUUUUCCAAUUUUUACCAUUUUUUUGCCUAAAAUUGGAAAAUUUAUGAGAUUGGGUUCCCAGGCACAACUGGCCUCAUUUGGAACCUUGCUGAUAGAGCUAUCCAGUAUAAAUAAAGUUAGUUUAGUUUAGGUUUCCUCCUGUAGUAACGCUGGAUCAAUAAGAGAUGAUCCUUACUGGACCUCCAGGGAGAACAGUUUAGAACCGAUAGAGCUAUCCAGUAUAAAUAAAGUUAGUAUAGUUUACAACUUUACCUUGUUUUCUUAUUCAACAGAGACAGGAUCACGUAGCACUACGCCACAUUCGAACCAAACCUCGCCGAUACCACGAUGUACCAGCGUGGACAACCAAUCACAACCCCCAACACAACGACGUACCAGCGUGGAUAACCAAUCACAACUCCCGAUACAACGAAGUUCCAGUGUGGACAACCAAUCACAGCGCCCGAUAGCCAGCUUGGAUAACCAAUCGGAACAGCCGGCACAGGCCAGUGGCAGAGACACCAACAAUCCUGAAGAGUCAGAGGACGAAGGUUUGGGACUCAACGGAUUUACUGAAGCUGACAACGUGAACGACAUGUUCAAAGAUAUGACAGGUAUGGUUGUUGAAAUUUUCCUAGAAAAUAAAGUGAUUUAACAUUGAUAUGUUUCUGCCCGUUACCCAAUGCACAAAAUCAGAUAAAUCACAUGCCGAGAUUACCAUUGUUAAUUCUGAUAAUGUCAGCGAGCUCUAUAUAUGCUUUGUCUGUAGCGAGAACUUGAGAAAAAGCGGUUUGAAAGAUUUGUCUGAAAGAAUCAGAUUUUACUGAUUUCUAACCCCUUUUCUUCAGUAUUUAGUCCUUGAAUUUGCUGAUACAUAGCCUUGAAAAGUCCUUGAAUUUGACUCUUCCUCACAUGUGCGAACCCUGAUAGAUUGAAACAACGGUGGCCAAGCAAUUAUAUGUGCGUUUACCACUGCAUUUAAAUUGUAUAUGUAAGUGAAUUGAACAUGUUUUCUUCAGAUACUACAAAAAUGCUGGAAAAUCUAGGUAAUGUUGUACCUCGGGAAGAUAUACUCCAACUGCUGGAGAAAGCGAAAAUUGACCGUAAAGAACAAAUUGAUAAGUGGACAAACGAAUAUGAAGGUAUAGAGAUAUCCAGUAUAAAUACAGUUAGUUUAGGUUUCCUCCUGUAGUAACACUAGAUCAAUAAGAGAUGACCCUUACUUGACUUCUAAGAAGAACAGUUUAGAAUUGAUAUAGCUAUCCAGUGUAAACAACUAGUUUGGUUUAGGUUUCCUCCUGUAUAAUAACAUUGGAUCAAUAAGAGAUGAUCCUUACUGGACUUCCAGGAAGAACAGUUUAGAACUGAUAGGGCUAUCCAGUAUAAAUAAAGUUAGUUUAGUUUAGGUUCCCUCCUGUAGUAACACUGGAUCAAUAAGAGAUUAUCCUUACUGGACUUCUAAGAAGAACAGUUUAGAAUUGAUAGAGCUAUCCAGUAUAAAUAAAGUUAGUUUAGUUCAGGUUGGUUUCCUCCUGUAGUAACACUGGAUCAAUAGAGAUGAUCCUUACUGGACUUCUAGAAGAACAGUUUAGAAUUGAUAGAACUAUCCAGUAUAAAUAAAGUUAGUUUAGUUUAGGUUUCCUCUUGUAGUGACACUGGAUCAAUAAGAGACGACUCUUUCUGAAUCUCUAGGGAGAACAGUUUAGAACUGAUAGAAUUAUCCAGUAUAAAUAAAGUUAGUUUAGUUAAGUGAACACAUAUUUUUCGUACAUUUAGCGGCAGCACGAUGUGAAUUACGUAAAUACAUGGAAUUUGAAAGGCUGAGAGAGAAAAUUGAACGCGAACAAGAGAAUGCAAAGAAACUGUGUGAAAAUAUCAUGAAAUGGAAAAAAGAAGCGGAAACGGCAAGGAAAGAAAAAGGGGAAGCAGCCGAAAAGAAAUCAUUGUAUCAAAAUAAAAUCGCGGAGGAAAACGAGAAGAUCCCUGUGAUCAACGAGUACAUUAAAAUGUUUACGAAUACGAUCGAAGGCGAAAAUUGAAGGAAAUGAACUGGACUGUCUGUAUUAUGGUUGUGGUUCGCGGUUUGUGUGUCUUGAAGCUAAAGUCGUGUCGUAAAAUGUGCUAAAUAUCUUGUUUUUUGCUUAAUGGUUAUUCGACCUGGUUUUUGCAACUGUCGUCGUUUGUCACUGAUAUGUAAUAGUGUGGAUCCAUCUUGUCUUUUGUGUGCUGUAUGUAAAGGCCAGUUUCGUCACGACAAGAUGCACGAAACCAUGCUUUUCCCCUAAAGGCCUAAACUUUAGCAAAAAAACAAGAUUAAAGGACAUUUCGACCGUACAUUUUUGCCCUUGGGUGUGUUCCAUAAUCUAGCAAGAACUGUUUGUUAAAAGCACAGGCGCAACUUUAAAGAUUUGUGUUUAUAAUAUAAUAGUAUCAAAUUGUUUUGUUAUGUACAUGAUAUAUUUUUGUUAAAUAUUUCAAAAGCAUUUGUACUGGAUGCACAAGGGGGGGGGGGAGGGGGGAUUUUGCACUUUGACUCUCGUCAAAAGCACUACGGUUGACACAUGCACUCAAAACAAAUAGCUUUGGAUUGAUGUGAAAAAUAAUAUAUUUUAUUCAAAUAUAUUUUUAUAUUAAAAUUUAAUUAUUCUGCGGUUUUGUGUGUUUGAUUGUCGAAUGAAUGAAAUCGCGAGAAAUGUCGUUGAAUUCUGUUGCUCCUAUAUAUUAAUAAUUAGGGACCUUUAGCUAGCAGGACGGUGACGGCUAUUAAUACAAUGAAAUUUAUUACAGUGUAGAAAGAAAAUGCAUAAUUAAUGGUCCCUUGGGAGUUUUAGACAUCAUCCUUGCUCUGUUUACAACGGCAAACCAAAGAUUUUCACGUUUUUUACACAACGUCUGCCUUUCAAGCCGCGAGAAGUCGUCCUCGGCAAAUUGGCGUAGUAGAAGUCUUCUCAACUAUAAACCUCUAUCUUAACCUUAACCUUAAACUGCAAUAAAUUCAUACAACGGAUAAUACAAGACAUGUUGUUCUUAAAGUUACUUAUUUGAACGAGUUUGUUUUGGUCGUCGUCGUCGCGUUGCCGUCACCUAUUUGCUAAAGGUCCCUAUUAAUAAUUGUCAACACUUCUGCAGUUGAAUACCAUCCUGUUGUUGUGUAACGUUUUCUGCAAUUUUGCUGUGCUGUAACCCACUGUAAUAAGGGACCUUUAGCAAAUAGGUGACGGCAACGCGACGACGACGGCCAAAACAAACUCGUUCAAAUAAGUAACUUUAAGAACAACAUGUCUUGUAUUAUCCGUUGUAUGAAUUUAUUGCAGUUUAAGAAGGUUAAGACAGAGGUUUAUAGUUGAGAAGACUUCUACUAAGCCAAUUUGGCGAGGACGACUUCUCGCGGCUUGAAAGGCAGACGUUGUAUACAAAACGUGAAAAUCUUUGGUUUGCUGUUGUAAACAGAGCAAGGACGACGUCUAAAACUCCCAAGGGCCUUUAAUUAUGCAUUUUCUUUCUACACUGUCAUAAAUUUCAUUGUAUUAAUAGCCGUUGCCGUCCUGCUAGCUAAAGGUCCCUAAUGUUCAAUUCGUAACACUAUAAUUCACCAUGGACUUUUCCACUAUCCUGCGACGCCGGUUUCGUCUUGUUAAAAUACCUCGCGGUCAACAAGGCAGCAUUUCUGCCUGACAGAGCAGACAUCUCCAUGGCGCUGGAUGACCACUCAAUCGCGUUCACAUAAAACACUCCGUCGUCUAACACAAAAGGCAGAAAUUUGUCAGGUGGUGUAUAAUGUGGGUAUGCUAGCCAGAUCACUUCUUUCAAUUCUGUAGUCUGGGAAAAUAACUUCGCUGUUUGCUCGUCUGUUAAUGGUUUUCUGCUGAAGACUUUCCACACAUUACCUGGCGUUGCGGGUUCUUUACCUUUAUACACGGACGUCUGUUUUCCUAUUGAACUACAAAA